AGAAUAAUCAUUUGCUUCUAUCUGGCUCCGCUCCUGCAAAAAUUACUCAUCUUGAUGAAACAAAUCUCUAUAUGCCUAGAUAUGCUGGGGAUUUCUUGAAGCCAAUCGAAAAUGGUGUUCAAUGCGAUAAUGUAAAAAUACAUUUCGCACAUGGAACAACAACUCUGGCUUUUAAGUAUCAAGGCGGAAUUAUUGUUGCUGCUGAUUCUAGGGCGUCUAUGGGUUCUUACAUGGCUUCAAGCACCAUGAAAAAAAUUAUUGAGAUAAAUAAAUACCUUUUGGGUACCAUUGCCGGAGGCGCAGCUGAUUGUCAAUUUUGGCAAAAAGUCCUUACCAAGCAUUGCGCCUUGUUUGAGCUCAGAAAUAAGGAGAGGAUAUCGGUUGCUGCUGCAUCUAAGCUCCUUGCGAACAUGAUUUAUAACUAUAAAGGCAUGGGCCUUAGCAUGGGGAUGAUGAUUGCUGGUUACGAUAAAACGGGUCCUAGUCUAUACUAUGUCGACGAUAGUGGGUCUCGUCUUUCCGGGCCAUGCUUUUCGAUCGGUUCUGGAAGUACUUAUGCAUAUGGAGUUAUGGACAGUGGACAUAAGCACGAUCUUACAGAUGAAGAAGCAUAUGAGCUCGGUCGUCGAUCAAUCUAUCAUGCGACUUAUAGAGAUGCAGCCUCGGGCGGCUUCGCCAAUUUGUACCACAUGAAAGAAGAUGGCUAUAUAUUCAUCGGUCAAUAUGAUGUGCGAAUACUUUCGCAUUCACUUGCACUGUUCCGUGGCGUUUUCGCUUUCAUUCAAGGGCCCCGAUUGCCAACAUUUUCCCUGCGCAGCCUUCUUCAUCUUUGGUUUUAUAAUAGGGAAUGGCAAAUGGAGCGCGCUUUUCAUACUGCUAUGUUUAUUCACAACCCGGAUGUCGUAUUCAUUCUCGGGGAUCUGAUAGAUGAGGGCCAAUUCGCCAGUGUCGUCGAGUUCGAGCAAUACGCAAUGAGGUUCAAACGAAUUUUCCUUUCUUAUAAACAUCCGGUAGUGAAGCUUGUUACUGGAAAUCAUGAUAUUGGUUUUCAUGAUAGAAUCACUAAGGCUCGUGAUCGCUUAUUUCGAAAUCUUUUCUAUGGUACUCCAAAUGCCUCUGCAGUUCGAUUGUGGAGCCGAAAUGGUGUUCACUUCAUCUUCCUCAACAGUAUGACCUUCGAAGGAGAUGAUUGUAAUCUAUGUUUUGAGAGCGAAUCCAGCCUUCUGGUGAUUAAACGGCAUUUCGAUUGCCUUCAAGAUGCAUUAGCAAGUCAAAAAAGUCAUUGCAAC